AUGGCCGAAACAAAGGGCUUCAAGCAGGACAUGGUCGUUUCGAUACGAUAUCGAAAUGAUUUGCCUCCGCCUCCCAUGUCUCCAAAGUUCCUAGAUAUUGACACCGGCGGCUUGGCUCAAUACCUCACCACAAGUUACGCGUCGGGCCUGGCAAAACGAGAAGAACCAAAUAUUGAAGUUGACGCUGAAGGUGGCAUGCCUAUAGAUAUGAUCGGUGUCCCAGGCUACUUUCUAGGCGACGAAAGCGCAAUCAUGGCUCCUGAGGUCCAACCUGUGCUGGAUCCUGCCGACCAAGCGUUGCUGAUGUCGCUGGAUCAGCUGAAGAGCCAGGGCGCAAAGAACAACGUCUCGUUUUUGCGCAAGACACAAUACAUGACAUCUUCGCAAAUGGCUCGAGCAAAUGAUGCAUUCAUGCGAUCAAGCGCUCGGACUCAGAAGCCUCAAGUGUACAAGGCACCGCCAGUGCCUGUUACCCGAGACGACCCAGAAAACAUCAAGCGACAGAUUCAAAAGGGCUUCGACCUUGCCUACCCAGACAGUAUCCCAUUCAAUCCUCCAGCAGCCAAAGCAAAUCCUAUUACUUCCCAGGACCGGGAUGCCUGGAGAAAUCCUGUCCAUCCUGAUAAUCCCAGGCUCAAGCCUGUCGAAUUUUACCCCAUAAUCCCUGAUCUCGAGACCGGCACAGACAUGGCCUCAAAUUGGCAAGCUCUUAAGUUCGACAAGCCACCAUUACCUCCAUUCAAAGGCCGAAGAGAUGAUCGUAUCGACGUCGGCUUACUGAUGGCCUCGGAGAACGCAUCAUUGAUGCCAGCUUGGCAGGCAGCAAAAGAGGCCUUUGAUAAAGACCCUGAAAGAUUCGCCGAUCCUGGGCCUGAGCCAUACACAUGGUCUCUCUCCGUCCCUAAACAACCUGGCUCGACCUCCCGCAUCCGCCAGCUCUUUGACGAUUCAAAUCCUCGAAAGGAUGACCCCGCCUUGAUGGAACCUCUUCUUGAAGAAUCCGCUGACGGCUCAUUGCGUUUACCCUUUGAACGUGUUCGUGUUUAUCCAAAAGCCACCCAAGACACAGUCGACCCUCACCGCAUUAUGGCAUUGUCACUAGUCGAUGCCAAACAGCUUCCCCGCCACUCCCGUUUCCGCAAGCAAGGUACCACUGCAUAUUACUAUCCGAUCCUCGAACGAGUGAAAAUGAGAGCUGAUAGGGGUAAUCUCUCUAAAACUCGUAACAGCAACGUGGAAGACAACAUUCCUGACCAAGUCAUGGUGCUCUUCAAAGAGCCCAAUGCGAAAGAAAGACGCUCUCGCGCCGAAUUUAGGGGAGAUUUUGACGCCUCCUUCAAAGAUGAGUUUGAAGAGUUGACCCGGCAAGCGCAGGUGGAGGAAGAAGCGGAACAUGCAGAUAUGAUCUUGCAGGAGCAAGGCGAGUUGCACGAAGGGGCGCAGGACGUUAGUAUGGCCGAGGUUGAGGAUGGGGAGAAGGCGGACAUCAGUAUGAACGGAGUACCUCACAAAGAUCGGGCCGAUGAUAGGACUACACCUUCUCCCGCGAAUGGAUAUGCGGAUACACGGGAUAGAGACGGAGACAGAGACACCAGCGUGGAGGAAGAUGGCUUUGGGGACGACGAUGACAUGCGGGACGAUUGA